AAUCCUAAUAUUACCUUUUUAACUCAAAUAUCACUAAUGAAGUUCCUCACCAUUGCUCUUGUAUUCGCUUCCCUGGGUGCCAUCCAAGUUUUGGCUAUCCCCAAGUACCCAUCCCAGGAUUGCUACAACGACUCAAUCCCCCUUCCAUGCGCCGUAGGCAUGGUCUGCGCGGCUGUCCAAAUUCCUGUUUUGGCAUGUCCUUCGAACUGCAGCAACGCGGUGAAAGCCGGCUGCACCAAGCGCUGCAAGCCGUGCCGCACCAAGCCAUGCACCAAAAUCUGCACUUGUGAGAUUGUUUGCCCACUAAACACCCCCAGUUUAGAGUAAAUA